AAAAAAUAAUUGAUAAAAUUAUGCUCCAAUAUUUCUGAGCUUUUUUUUUUAAAUCAGUGGCCCUUGAAUUUGUUGAAUCGCCCCUUUUACGGCACCCGUGCAACUGUUAGGCGGAGAAGUUUCGUUUUAGUAAUAGUUUGGAGCUCGGCCCCAAAAGAAUAAAAUGACUUCUCCAUACACGUAACGAUUGAAACAUUCAAAUGUAAAUUUAUUGUUUAAAUGGAUGAAACUGUAAGGCAAACUGACAACUAUAUAUCGGGUUCCAGAAAGCGAAACACUCACAAACUACAGAAACGAAUACACGAACAGGACUUUACACGUGGAAAGUGCGUCACUUCCGUCUUUCAUAUCAAUUUCCGAGUUUGCAUGUGAGAGGCUGCGUUGCCGCUGCACAGUUCGCCGCAAUAGAGCAGAAGAGGUUGUUUGGUUCUGCUGUGUCCAUUUGUUGUCUCAACUGGGAUGUGGAUUGCUUCCGUAGCCAACUGCCUUCUAAGUUAAUUCCUGCGGCUCCUGAACAUGUUGAGCCGACUGCAGGAGCUGAAGAAGGAAGAGGAGACGUUACUCAAAGUCAAGGCUCUUCUUCAAGACCAACUGAACAGGCUGAAGGUGGAAGAACUGGCUCUGCGGUCAAUUAUCAAUGAAGAGAGUGGAUCUUUGUCCCCUACAGAGGCUGCUGCUGAGGUUAGCAUGCAAGUGGACAAUGAAAAUGCAAUCAAUCAGACUGAACUUCAGCUGGACACAGUUGGAGCACAGCAAGAUAUGGAAGAAGAGGAGGAGGAUGAGGAUAACUGACUUUCAGAAUAUACUUUAAUUUUAAGGUGGACAUAAAACUGCACUGAUUCCACUUACUUACAUGCAGAACUAACCUUGGGCUAUGUCGGUGCUUCUGGACACAGGCCCACAUCUCGUGGUCAAAUAUUACAUUUAAUGUUGAUGCGGCCCAUCUGGAGCCACUGUAAAUUAGAUUUGAAUGACUUGAGUGACUGGUGCAAUUGGAAGGCUGCUUGAUUUUGAAGUUAAUAUCAAAUAUUGCUUCAUAACAGCUUGGGCUAUCCAUUCACUAAUGAAGUAAGGAUGCAGGAAAUGUAAUUGAAAUCCUAUUACUUUUGACAGUCUCUGCUUCAAGAGGUAUUUCUGGGUAAGGCCUUAUACAGUAUAAGUUACUGGUGCCAGAUGGAGCUGGCGUAUUUAAGUAUAAUUAAAUAGAUCUCCAAAGGGUAAGUUUCAUUUUAUCUUUAUUUACAGGCUUUUUGUCAACUGAAACGAACCCGUCGAAGUGAGCCCACAGUGUUUCCUUGUGCGGCCCAGUCUGUGUAAUUGCUAUAAUCUCUUCUUUCCAGGAUGUAGUGUGGCCCUCUGUAGUUGGGUUCCUGGUAGAGGACCCACCUGUUUAUAUAAAAAAAAAUAGAGAUAAAGAGAAAGGGUCAUCAGGCUGCCACCUCUGAAUAUCUAGUAAACAUACAUGGGAAAGGUGAGGGUAGUAAGCAGGGCAUAAAUAAGUUGUUUGCCUUGUAAUUGCAAUAGAGUCAUUACUAUAGCAGAUGCUAAUGAGCUGGCACUUUGACAUGUAUUAGAAAUAGGGCAGGCAGUGUUUCCUGUGUGGGUCAGAAGUUUGAAAGCAACCCGUGAUCCCCAUGCAUUGUAGCUUUAACUCCAUUUAGUUUUGGUAAUGUGUGCUGAGGUUUCCCCAGGAAGCCGGUAAACUCACACUGCUCCUAGAAUCCGGGCGGAUGCUAUGCGGUUAAUGCCAAAUCUAGUCAUUAAGUUGGGGAUGUCAUCUUGAAUUUCAGCCUUCUUCCCAGAAAAGCCUGGUCUCUCAAAGAGUUGGAUUCGGGGGGCAGUUUCAUCCUGCAAAGAGGCAGCACAGUUAAAAUAGUGAUAGGUCUGGCUGUAUAUAUAAAAUACUCCCUGUGGCCUCACCUGUCUGAUGUUUCGCACAGAAGAUACAGUGUCCACUGGGGAGCACCACUUGUCACAGUUGUGGUAUUCCCCUUGGUCAUACAUGUCCCACAGGUACUGCCGACCCCGGAAGCUCUCAUGCUCAUAGCCAACCCAUCUGUAGGGAAAGUGGGGAAAAAAUCUGAAGUGAGAUGUAAAAUAGCUCAGCCACACUCUGAGUCAUUUUUGAGUUGCCAUAGACCUAGGUAUGAAAGGCAAGCCAAGUUACUCACGCUCCACUCUCCACCUUCACAGAGUUGCAUCUCUCAGGAAAGUCCCUGUCGGCUAGCCGCUGACAAUCUGUGGUCAGAUCUAGCCGGCGUCCAGUGAAGUUACGCUGUUCAUACAGGGUCACCUGCAGCAGAGUGAUAUGAUAACUGCUUAUGUUCUCAUUUUUAGAAGUCAGAUGGAGAGUAAAACUAGCCACUUGAAGCCACAGUGGUGCUCCCUAAAGGAUGGUAAGCACUGUCAUUCCAGCUCAUCCUCCUAAUCAUAGCUCAGUAAGUUAGUCUUUAUUUUAUAUAAUGGCAUUCUUAGGGUGUGCCAUCACAAGCAAACUAGCUGAGAAAUUCAAGUUGGUACUCUAGUGGGGCAUUUCAUGAUCAUCCAUUUCCAAGAAUAAGAAAUGUGAAUAGCAAGAAUUGGAAAGACACACUUACCCGUCCACUGGCCCCGUAGAAAGCUCGUUGGAGUACUGACCCCAGUUUGCUGCAAAAGACAGAAAGCAAGUGAAAUACUUGAGCCUUUAAAAUAAAUGCAGAAAGUGGCUGAUCACAUUUCUAGUCACUCACCCACACAAGUCAGUCCUACAGCACACUUAGUUAUCAAGGUGGACAGCUGAGUGUCCUGCUACUCAGGCCUGAGAGCUGUAAAUGACUGGCUUUUUCCCUGUUUGGCUCUCCUAUGUUGGUCCACUUGCACAUCCAGGCUGAUUAGUCAUUUCAGCCCAGAGUGAGCAGAUCAUGUUAGCUUAAAUAGAUCAGGUGUGCAAGCCAUCACAUAAACUCUGUAUUGAUAUUCAAAAUGCCCAACCUUGGGAAAAGGCUGGAGCAUUAUGCCAAUACAGGUAUGAGACAAAAGCAGAGGCCAGUGGAGGCACGAGCCCUGUCAAAGUACAAUAGAUCUGCCCUGCUUUGUGAAUUAGUGCUUAGAGAGCAUCGAAUUAAGAGGGAGUGGCCUUGUGGGAGGUGGCAUGGACUGAAAAGCUAAAAUCAUUUUAUUGAAAUCAAUGUCAUUGCCUGUACUUGGGGAUUCUGUGUGAGCAGAAAUUGGCCAUAAGAUUUGGGGAAUGACAUCUCCAAGAUGCCAAACCAUCAGCAGAUGUGGCAGCAUGAGCACUUUGACAUUUAUCAGAUUAAGAUAUGUUUUUGUAAAACUGUGUCAUCUGGGCUACAGACAAUACUGGGAUACAGAUUCUGUCGCCAGCUGCUGUUUUUAACAGUACAUUCAGGUAAAAUGCCCAAAUGACUGGAUAAAGUUGGAAUGAAUAUGUAUUUAAUUUGUUUGUCAAAAUAGCAUCUGACAAUCUAUACAGUGGAUUCAGAAAGUAUUCAGACCCCUUCACUUUCUACACACUUUGGUAAUUUGCAGUAUUCUGCUAAAAUCAUGUAAAUUGUUUUGCUACAUCAAGCAACACUCAAACACCCAGCAUUAAAAAUGAAAACGGCCUUUAGAAAAUUUCUACAAAUGCUUUUAAAAUUAAAAAAAAAAUAAAAAUAAAACACUGAACUAUCACAUAUAUGCAAGUUUCCUGACCCAUUGCUGUGACUCUUGAAAUUUAGUUCAGGCCUAUCUCAUUAAAUUGAUCAGCACUGAGGUGUUCCUACAUCUUGUUUGGAGUCCACUUGUGGUCAACUGCAUUGAUUGCACAUGAUUAGAAAAGACACACACCUGUCUAUGGAAGAUCCACAGUUGAGCAAAAACCAAGUCACGACAUGAAAGGAAUUGCCUCCAGCAAUGUAUGCAGCACUGCAGGUUCCCAAGAGCACAACGGCAUCCAUUAUUCUUUAAUGGUAGAACUUUGGAGCAACCAUAACUUGGCUCUUCCUAGAGCUGACAAACUGAGUAAUUAUGAGAGAAUGUCCUUGGUAAGAGUGAUGACCAUGAACUCAAUGGUUAUUCUGUCUGACCCCAAAAGAACCAGUGUAGAGAUGGGAGAAAGUUCCAUUCCAGAAGAACCACUGCAACAUUCCAUUAAUUCUGGACUUAAUGACAUAGUGGCCAGACCAAAGCUUCCUUGGUAAAAGACACAUGAGAGCCUACCUAAAGGACUCUGACUGUGAGAAGCAAGAUUCUCUUGUCUUAUGAAACCAUACUGCAUGUCAUGUCUGGAAGAAACCAGACACUGCUCAUUACCUGUGCAGUACCAUUUCAGCAGUGAAGCAUGGUGGUGGCAGUAUCUUGUUAUGGGGUUGUAUGUCAGCAGCAGAGAGUGGGUGACUGCACAGAGUUGAAGGAAAGCUGAAUAGAGCAAAGUGCAGAGAUAUCAUUAAUGAAAACCUGUUCCAAGCCUCAAACUGGAACCAAGGUUCACCUUCCAGCCAAACAGUGACCCUAAGAACAAAGCAAAGACAACAAAGGAGUGACAUUCAGACAACUCCAGGAAUGUCCUUGAGUCACCCAGCCCAAAGUUGGACUUGAACAUCUAUAGAGAGAUCUGAAACUGGCCAUCCACUGAUGGUCUCCAUCCAGCUUGACAGAGCUUAAGAGUCCUACCCAAGAGGACUAGUCUAUUACCACUACCAAAGGUGCCUCAACUGCGUACUGUGGAAAAGAUCUGAAUACGUUUGUCAAUGUGAUGCUCUUUAUUUUUAAUGAUGUUCUCAUCUUGGGCAAGCAGUUCCACCCAGGGACAAAAGCGGACACUGUUGCUAACAGUACUGUCUCUUUCUGCUUCCACAGCCAGGAGAAAAUGCCCAGUAAAGAUAACUGAUUCUGCACCUUCCCGUCAGAUGAGUUCAAAGGCGAAAAGCUUACAAAAGUUGGUGUGUCUCAUUCUUGACCAUCGCUCAAGAGAGACGGAGCUCCAAACCAGACCUGCAUCACUAUAAGCUGUCAACAGUUGACCAUUUAUGUUUUGUAGCAGAGUUAAAGAUGCUAAGAUUUGCACUGGAUGUGACAAGGAUGGAUAAGAUUAGAAAUGAGGACAUUAG